AUGAACGCGAGACGGGUUCCUCCGCAAGGAGCGCCUCCGCCUUAUACAUUCGUGAACCGUAUCUAUGGCAGAAGUCUGCGUCCCGUUGUUCUUGGAUUUGCGGUAAUGGGGGCCAUAUGGGCUUUAGCAUGGACUGUAGGUGACUGGCUCCCUGUUGCUUCAUACCCUAAGCUUGCCCGCAGAUUGCAUCUUUCAAAGAGCUACAAGUUGAUCAAGGUGGUCGGUGCCUAUCCUAAGCUAGCACCACUGGCUAUAGUCCAAGGCGUUAUCUAUUCCGUCGCACUCGCGAUAGAAAUAUUCGGCAUUUACAGCUUGUUGACUCAACGUGCCUGGAUGAUUAGGAUGUAUGCAUUUUCGAGCGCUAUCGCGGGUCUUCUUGUCGUUGGCGUCGGCUUUAUGCGUUGCGUCACUCAUUUCACCUACAAGGGUGAACUCCUAGAUGAAUGCAUUAGUGUUUCAAUGAAUGGAGAAGUGGACACUGCAUUCGGAAUAUGGGGCUCUAACCCAGACCCGAUGAACCAGGCCUCGGCUACGUCUUAUUGCAAUGAUGAGUGGAACCAUGAUUCGUGGACCGAGAUCUUGGCUACUAUAUUCGAGAUCAUUCUUUGCCUAUUGUUCACAUCCGCUGCAUUUGGCUAUUACCGUCAAGUGGUUGACCCUACGAGCCCUGCGAAUGCCUUGAGGGCACCCUCGAACCAGGCGCGAAUGGACCUUUUCCCGCCACACUACAACCGACCUUAUGAUCCCGAAUACCAACCAGCCUACGCUCCGCCGCUUGGACCACCACCUUCCGACGCCAAACCACCUGAUUACUCUUACGCAGGUGGAGAGUAUUUGGGACAUGCGUAUGAGAAGGAUGACAAAAAGGACGACGACCCCUUUUCAGACUAUGAAGGGCCUAGCGUACCCAGACCGCUACAUUUUGCUGAGGACCGAGGAUAG